AUGAGAUUAGACCAACGCUCUACAGCUAACGUGACUUUACCUAAAAAGGUGUUGGAGCAACUCCAACGUCGACACCGGGGAAGGGGUCCAACACCAUCUCCUCUAGCACUUCAAUUUCCUGGUGCUCUGUUCAUCCAACAAGUUCAGUGGGUGCACUUGACUUCAAAAGCUAAUGGACUUCAGGGGAGGGGUCCAUUAUUAGAGAUAUGCCUUUUGAGCACUAGGAGUCCACUAUGCCAUGAAGAUGAGAGAUCAGCCUUGCUGCAGUUCAAGCAUGGCUUUGACAUCAAGAAGUUUGCUUCUGGCAACCCUUCUGCUUAUCCAAAGGUUGAGUCAUGGAAGCUCGACGGAAAUGCUAGCAAUUGCUGCUCGUGGGAUGGCGUGGAGUGUGACCAUGACACCGGUCAUGUGAUUGGUCUAGACCUCAGGAGUAGCUUCCUUCAUGGUUCUAUCAACUCCAAUAGCAGACUCUUCAGCCUUGUUCACCUUCGGAGGCUGAACCUUGCUGACAAUCACUUCAAUUAUUCUCAAAUUCCGACCCGAAUUGGAAAUCUUUCUAGACUAAGGAGUCUCCAACUCUACAAUUCUUGUUUUUCUGGUCAGAUCCCCUCUGAGAUCUCCUUGCUUUCCCGAUUGACUUUCCUAGAUUUGUCUGGAUUUUUUGACCCAUAUUCUCCUGAACUUCUUUUGAAACUUGGAAAACCUAGUAUGAGAGACCUAGUUCAAAACCUAACCCACCUGAAAGUACUUGACCUCAGUGGGGUGAACAUAUCUUCUACAAUUCCAAGUGCUUUAUCAAAUAUGACGUCUCUAACAAGUCUUCAUCUUCAGAGUUGUUUGCUGUAUGGUGAAUUCCCAAUGGGCAUUUUCCAUCUACCAAACCUACGGCGUUUAGACCUUAAACUCAAUGAAAACCUCAUUGGUUACCUUCCUGAAUUUCCACACGAUAGUCCGCUUGAGGUAUUGAUCAUUUCGUACACAAGUUUUUCCGGAGUGCUUCCAACUUCAAUUGGGAAUCCUGAUUCCUUAAUUGUGUUAGAAUUAGAUUUCUGCAAUUUGUAUGGGACUCUUCCACCCUCGCUUGGCAAUCUAGCCCAGCUCACGUCUCUGUGUGUUUCUGGAAACAAUUUUUGGGGACAGAUUCCUUCAUCAAUCGCAAACUUAUCAAAACCCACUGAAUUAGGACUCGGCGGUGGUGCUUUUGAUGCAGGAACCCUAUCUUUCCUAUUUGGAAAGCUAUCAAAACUCACUGCGUUAUACUUCAUUGGUACAACAUUAAAUAAUGUAUUACCACAGUCUUUUGCAAACUUGACCCAGCUAUCCGUCUUGGUUCUUAGCAACAAUGAGUUACUUGGUGAAAUCCCAUCUUGGCUUCUGAACCUCACCCAAUUAACCUAUCUAGACUUUUCAGAAAAUCAACUAUCCGGCAUGUUUCCUAGAUCAAUCUCUCAACUCAAGCAUCUUGAAAGUCUUGAUCUUUCUUCAAACAACUUGAGUGGUAAAGUCGAGCUAGACAUCUUUCAAAAUCUCCAAAACCUUGCUGUAUUGCGAUUGUCUGGAAAUAUAUUGACGGUGCUAGCAACAAACAGUACAAAUGCUACUCUACCAAAAUUCAUCCGUUUGGGAUUGGCGUCAUGCAACUUGAAGGAGUUCCCUGAUUUCUUGAGGUUCCAGGACAAAUUAGAAGGGCUAAAUUUGGCUGAUAACGAUAUUCAUGGCAAAAUACCAACUUGGUUGUGGAACACAAGUAAAGAAACAAUGACACAUAUCAACCUUCAUGGAAACUUUCUUACAGGAUUUGAGGAGCAUCCAUAUGCCAUUCCAUGGAUAUCACUAGAAUCCCUAGAUUUCAGCUUUAACAGGCUGCAAGGACCAUUCUCUCUUCCACCACCGUCUGUCCUUACUUAUAGAGUCGCUGGUAAUUUAUUAACCGGAGAAGUCCCAACAUCGUUCUGCCAAAAUAGAGCUCUUUUUGCGCUUGACUUGUCAGAUAAUUACUUAAGUGGGGCCAUUCCUCAAUGCUUGGCUAGUUCUAGCAGCGAUUCUCUGUUGCUGCUCAAUCUGAGUAGCAACAAUUUUCAUGGUACUGUUCCCCAUAUGUCCAUGAGGGAGAUCAAGAUGAUUGACUUGAGUCAAAAUCAAUUGCAUGGGGUGGUACCGCGUUCAUUGGCUAAUUGUACAAUGCUUGAAGUUCUUGUUCUAGAAGAUAAUCAGAUCAAUGACACUUUUCCCUUUUGGUUGGGAACUCUCCCUGAUUUACAAGUUCUUAUUCUCAGAUCUAACAGAUUCCAUGGUGCCAUUGAGAAUCCUAAGACUAAUUUGAAGUUUCCGAAGUUGCGGAUCAUUGACCUCUCACACAAUGGUUUCUCUGGUACAUUGCCAUCAGAGUACUUCCAGAAUUGGAAUGCAAUGAAAGUGGUCACGAAAGAGAAUCCAGCAUACAUGCAUGUGUAUAAACCACUAUUUGUAAUCGUCAAAAACGUUAUUUACAGAUGGCGUUUUACCUAUUCAGUAACAAUUUCUAUUAAAAGGACGAAAAGGUUUUAUGAGAAGAUCCAAAGUGUGUUUGUAGCUGUUGAUCUUUCAAACAACAAAUUCAACGGAGAAAUUCCAAAAUCCCUCGGAAGUCUCGGUGGACUUCAAGCACUAAACAUUUCCAAUAACAACCUCAUUGGCACCAUCCCGUCUUUCUUGGCAAAUCUGAUGGACCUGGAAUCGUUGGACCUAUCUCAAAACCUGCUCUCAGGACAGAUCCCUCAGCAGCUAACCAAACUCACUUUCCUCUCAGUCCUAGAUGUUUCUCAUAACCGUCUCACGGGCCCCAUACCUCGAGGUAAACAAUUCGAUACAUUUGAUAAUAGUUCAUAUGGUGGGAAUAUGGGAUUGUGUGGUGUCCCCCUAACGAUGUUAUGCGGGAAUUCAGAAACGUCACCCCCACCACCACCGCGACACAGCUCGCAAGGCGAUGGUUCAGAGUUUUCGAGGAGUAUGUACUGGAUGGUCAUAAUGAUGGGAUAUGGGAGUGGGCUAAUUGUUGGGUUGGUUAUUGGGCACACGCUGACCACGAGUUUUGCCGAUGUAAAUCCGACCGCCACAAAGCUUGAUUUUCCUAUGGGGGAACAACAUAGCACCCCCGAAAAUUGGGUCGUUGUAUGGAGCUCUUGCAGUGCCGCUAGAGAAUGUAAGAAACUUCCCACAAUACCUUUUGUACUAAAUCCGGGUGGUGGGUUCGCCACUACUGUGUGCGGUGUUGGUUACGAUCCCUUUACAAAUGAUUACAAGAAUGGGUGUCUCCAUUGCCGUUGUUGGAGGGGUGAUUCUGAUCAUUCCUUCACAUUUGUUGCUUUCGAUUUCUCCGACGAGGUUUUAAGGGAAGUGCCGUUGUCUGCUUGGUUGGAUGAUACCGAGAAUGACACGUACUAUACGUUGGAGGUUCUCGGGGAUCGUCUUUGUUUGGUUUUUAGUCACCGUCACGGCCAUGUUGAAGCUUGCAUGAUGGAGUAA